AGAGCCUCCUCCAUCCUAUGUAUGCCGCAGCCCGAUUCACGCGGACCGUCCUGCCACGCCAAGUCAUGGCUUCCUCAUACUCAAAUGGAGUGCGGAAUGGCUCUGCAAACGGCUCUACUACGCAUACAAUCACUGCGUUGAGCCGAUGGUCAAUUCUAAACAAGCAGCUCCCAGCCGUGGACAAGAUCAAAGCCAUCCAUGUCUUCGACUUUGACAACACCCUGUUUAAGACUCCCCUGCCGAAUCCCAAACUCUGGAAUGGCCCGACGAUAGGCACGCUUGCCAACCCGGAUGUCUUUUCGAAUGGCGGUUGGUGGCACGAUUCGCGCAUCCUUGCUGCUACCGGUCAAGGCCUGGUCAAAGAAGAGCCGCGUGCAUGGGAAGGGUGGUGGAACGAGAAGAUUGUCGAGCUGGUGGAACUCAGCAACAAGCAGAAAGAUGCGCUCUGCGUCCUCCUCACCGGCCGUUCCGAGUCCGGCUUUAGUGACUUGAUCAAGCGCAUGGUUGCAAGCAAGCAGCUUGAUUUCGAUAUGAUCACCCUAAAGCCCGCUGUAGGACCCAACAGUCAGCGCUUCGCGAGCACCAUGAUCUUCAAGCAAAACUUCUUGGACUCCCUGAUGGAGACAUACAAGCAGGCCGAAGAGAUUCGGAUCUACGAGGACCGCCCGAAGCAUGCCAAGGGCUUCCGGGACUUCUUGAUGGACUACAACAAGAGGCAGAACGGUAUCGGUGGCAGACCCACGCGAGACCCUAUAACUGCCGAGGUCAUUCAAGUUGCCGACCUGGCAACGAACCUCGACCCUGUCGUCGAGGUGGCCGAAGUCCAGCACCUGAUCAAUGCACACAAUGAUGCCGUGAACAGGGGAGUCAGCGGCGUGCGGAACCCGCGGCUCAUGAUCAAGAAGACCGUCUUCUAUACCGGCUAUCUGAUCAACAGCACUGACACGCAGCGUUUGCUUACGCUGGCACAGAUUCCUGCCGCUAUGAGAGACACGGAACUCAAAUAUCAUGCUAAUAACAUUAUGAUCUGCCCGAGACCUUGCCCGAAUAGCAUCCUGGAAAAAGUCGGCGGCAUGGGGAGCAAGAUGACCUGGCAGGUGACCGGGUUUGCAUGCUUUGAGAACGGUAUAUGGGCUGCAUGCCUGAAGCCCGUUCCACCAACGGCCAAGUUCCAUACAGACAACCCUGUGCCUUUGGUAGUGCUCGCGUUGCGCAAGGGGAAGCGGCCCAUCGACGCGGGCAAAAUCCAGAAUUGGCAGCCUGUGCCACCGGAGAAGGCCUUUGUCUUCGAGACAACCGUCGGGGAGAAGGUCCUGCUUCGUAUUGAACCCGAAGACCCUAGCGAGGACCAGUAUGAGAGCCUGUUCCCGACGAAGGCUGCGAAGCGGAAGCACACAGGGGAAGAGGAGGGUCGUCCCCGCCCGCAUGGCGGCAAUUUUGGUGGCCACGGCGUGGUCAACAGAAACGAGCAGAGACAUUACCACCAAUCCAGCCACAUGAAGCGUGGUGCGUCGAAUCAAGGCAGGUUCCGGGGCGGCGGCCAUGGGAAUCAAGGCCGAGGCGGGAGAGGCGGUCGCGGAGGUGGAGGCAUGAGAGGAGGCCGAGGCGGGAGGGGCGGCGGCUUCCACUACAGGUCGCUCGAUGAUGUAGGCGCGGGUGGGAACCAGGGAGGGUCUUCGCAGCAGGUCACUUACGAGGAUGAGUCUGCUGACCGAAGGCCUCAACCACCACAGCAGCCGCAGCAGCCGCAGCAGAAACAGCAGAAACAGCCGCCUCAGAAUCCCGCCGCCUACAAUAGCCAACUCCAGUAUCAGCCGCCGCCGCAGCAGCAGCAACAGUACCCGUCCUGGCCGGCCGGUGCGCCGACAGCACCGUCGCAAGGACGGCAAGCGGGCCGAGGAGCGGGAUAUGCCGCUGGGGCUCAGGACUUGCAGAAUCACUAUUAGUCGUACCUAGGUUGGUAUUGGUAGUCCUGGGGUUUGUUUCCUGUUAUUCUCGACCACUUGGUCUGGGGGAGAACAUCGUGUUUUCGGUCUUGGGAGGACUGUACUAUUAGCAUACCCACAUGAUUGCUCGGCGGCAUAGAGCAUGGAGUUUAUGGCACAAGGUAGCAAGGGAUGACGAGAUCGAUCCCCAAGGGGUUCUAGGUGUAUUUUUCAACAUCCUGUCUAUACCAUGCGCUCUUCUAAUGAGAUAUGCAUGUAUCACGAGAAAACAUCUCUCGCAUGGCUUUGCAUAGGUACUCCGAGACGUGACAAAGUUGAUGGCACAACACGUUCCCCUCAAAACAUUUUGAUGAGCGAUCGACUAA